ACUAGUUUCAGAAUGAUUUAUGUUGAUAGUACAGUAUUCUGGUGCUAUUUUUACGUUGAAUAACAUUAAAUUGUUUAUUUGUAUUGUUUUCUUUCAGAUUGAAAUUACUGAGGGGUGUAGACUGCCUGUUCUUUUGAAAAACGGUGGCGGUUGGCAUAUUGCUGAAGUUUUAAGCAAGAAGGAUGUUAAUGGAAAGCCAUUAUACUACAUACAUUAUGAAGACUUCAAUAAGCGACUUGAUGAAUGGGUUCCAGAAGAACGCAUGGACCUUGGAAAGCUGGAACUACCCAAGAAGGAUGCCAAGACCCCCAAGAAGGAGCCAGGAAAAGUGGGAAAUGAAUCAAUGCCUAGCAGCCCAGAGAGAGAUUUGAUGAAUGGCUCGGCCACGAACCUGUUCACCAUUCCGCUGAUUGACAGCACCCCGAUCCUGCCAUCCGGCUGUAGUGGUGCCAUGCUGGGCGGGGCCAUGAAGAAAUCUAUAGGCAACAGCAGGAAACGCAAACUGGAGGAAGAUAAUGAUUCUUUGGAUUCCACGCCUCAGUUGCCGAGACAGACGGGCAGCAUGGUAGCUCACCACGAUGACAUUGUGACGCGUAUGAAAAAUAUCGAACUCAUCGAGAUUGGGCGUUACAGAAUAAAACCAUGGUACUUCUCACCAUACCCACAGGAGUUGACACAUUCCCCAAUUGUAUAUAUUUGUGAAUACUGUUUAAAAUACCUCAAGAGUAACAAGUGCUUGGAGAGACAUCUGGCAAAGUGUAUGUUCAGACAUCCUCCAGGAAAUGAAAUCUACAGAAAGAAUGAAAUUUCAUUUUUUGAAAUCGAUGGCAGAAAAAACAAAACCUACGCACAAAACCUUUGUUUGCUGGCAAAGCUGUUUCUCGACCACAAGACACUUUAUUACGACACCGAUCCUUUUCUCUUCUACUGCAUGUGUGUACAAGACAACCGAGGCUACCACUUAGUGGGUUUCUUCUCAAAGGAGAAGGAGUCCACUGAAGAUUACAAUGUCGCCUGUAUCCUGACGCUACCACCGUACCAGAGGUUGGGCUACGGCAAGCUGCUGAUCGAAUUCAGUUACGAGCUGUCUAAGGGCGAAGGAAAAACAGGAUCUCCAGAAAAACCAUUAUCUGAUCUUGGUUUGUUGUCGUAUCGCAGCUAUUGGUCACAGACAAUCCUUGAAAUUCUUCUCAAUAUGAAACCAAACGAAGCCGGUGAAAGACCACUCAUUACAAUAAAUGAUAUCUCGGAAAUGACAAGUAUCAAAAAGGAAGACGUUAUAUCAACACUGCAACACCUGAAUCUCAUAAACUAUUACAAGGGACAGUACAUUAUUACGAUAUCUAACGAACAGAUUGACUCGCACAACAGAUCCAUGGAAAAAAGGACAAUACGCAUAGAUCCAAAAUGUCUGCACUGGCAACCUAAAGACUGGAGCAAACGCGGAAAAUGGUGACAAUAGGGAGCUUAGGAGUCACAUCUAUAACCAAGAUUUUAUAUCAAGUGCCGUCGUCUUCUCACCAGAAUGAUUAAAUUAGGCUUGUACUAUCAAGUGCUGUCGUCUUCUCACCAGAAUGAUUAAAUUAGGUUGUACUUAAUGGCGGACUUCCCAUUAUGGUCAGGCCCUAAUCUAGACGGAGAAAUGAAUGUUUUCUUUGCCGAAAGUCUGCUGAAAUCGCCGAGUUAUUAGCAGUAGUAGUACACAAAAGACGUCAAGACCCCCACUUGUUCGUGUCGUAGCUGACUUGGCACCUUGUCGGUCCAUGUUUCUACUUCGGUGUCAGAUUGUACAUCGCAUGUCGCACUGUUUGCAAUUACCAUUCAUAUUGGGCGUUGUUAAUUCUCAGCCACAUUCAUUUCGGUAAUGCCAGAAAAUACUGUUACUUUCAUUUUAACAUAUUAUCACCUACUUAAUGAUAUCACGUUUUAAAUUAAAAAUACAAUUGUUUUGUUUAAAUGUUAUUACCAGAAGUAGUAGUAUUAUAUAUCAAAAUAUUACGAUUAGAACAAAGUGCAUAAUUCAGAAUUUGUUUAAUGAACGUGGAACAUGGCGAAAUAUUAUGAAAUGUACCGAUACAUGUUUACUUCACUUUUCUUUUUAUCCCAUUCUUCUGGGAAGGGAGAAGUGACUUAUACUUUUUCAAUUCUAGAUUAGGGCCUGUAUGGUUACACCCCAUUUUGCCUAGUUAUAAAAGCCAUUUUACAUGUACUUUUAGGGCUCGAAACGGCCUGUGGUCAGGGCACCAAAUGCAACUAAUGUCCUGUUUGGGCGACUUAAAUAUAAAAAAAAUAAUGGCAUUAGUUGCCCAAAUAAUAUCUUCUUUAGAGCUAUAACAUAUGAGCCACUAUUAAUAUUUGUAUGACAUAUGAACGAUCCUCUCAUCUUCUGUUAACUGAGGUUGAACGUCCAAUUGUUUUAUUGGAAUGUUGUAAUUUCCUUUGGGCUUAACGUAAUAUUUUACUUCAUAUUUCGAGCUGUGUGCGAAAUGCAUUUUCCAUAAUUCGAAGCAAGCAUAUCCCUGAAUAGUAAUGGAUAUAGAGACCAACUCUAGUCUAUUUCCCUGUUUCAAUGUUACAGACUCUGUUUCAAUGUUACAGACUCUUGUUUCACUUUAUUGUAACUUUAUACAGAUGUGUUACUGGACCCAAUUUCACAGAACACUGUAAGCCUGGUUUUACACGUAAACAUAAAUCUACAACUAAACAACAAUUUUUAUUACUAUUAUAGUACAACAAAUGUAGUUAGAAAUACACACAUUUCAUUUUAUUCUGUCCAUAAAUGCAGCAUAUUUUUGUAAUAUGUAAUUUUCUGCGUGAAAUAGAUGCCAAACACAUGUAAAUGUAUAACCGGUAUAACUGUUAGUCUGAAACACAAACUUACUAUGUUUUGUGAAAUUGGCCCCUGGUUUGUAGAUUAACCAAACUUAAUGUCCAUUUUCACGAACUGAAACUAGGCUGUGUGCCUCUUUUACCGUUAGUAUCAAGAUUGAUAGAUUAUUUGGUAGGAUAUAUAGGUGUAUGUAAAAUUUGUAGUAGGCAUAAUGGGAGAUAACGAUUAGGUUUGUGUUUGAUAAGCUAUUGGGGACUGAACAUUUUAAAAACCCAAAACAUAAACCAGUCUGAUUUUGUUGUAAAUUUGUUUAUGUGCAAAUCAGUUUUACAAGCACAGUCCUGUCCUGGGCAGACACCCCCAAUAACUGUUAUGUUAUCUCAGUCUGAACUUUUAAUGGAUCACGAAAAUCAAGUUAAUAUGAAAAUAGUAAAAUUUAAUCCAUCCAGGCUUUUCCAUGACAUCAGUGAAUGAAAUUGGCUUCAACAUUUGUCUUGGAAUCAAAUACAACACUGUAAAAUGAGAUACGUGCUUAUCUACUGAUAUACAUAUAGAGUAAUAUAAUGUUAUUGCUAGGUUGUUGUGCAAUGAAUAAAUGAGUUUGCAUCUAGACAUUGUCAGUAUGUUUCAUUGUGUAGUUAGUGUGAAUAAUCAGUUAAUGUGAUGCGUGAAGAAUUUAAAAAUAAAUUAUGAUCAUACCAUAACAACUUCUCUUGUUUUCAACCAGUAGUUUGAGGUUAAACCUGCCAGUUGGGCUUUCCCAUCUUAUAACUUUGUUUCCCAAUGCACAAUACAAACACAAUUUCAGUUUUAAUAAAUUGAGUGUUUUUAUCAUCAUCUCUACAAUGAAUGGCAUUGACACCCCAAACAAG